CUCACCAAGCAACACUUGAGCUAAACCAUAUCCUCUCCCAAGCUAGCUCGAAGAAGCAACUUCAGCAGCAGCAAUGGCGAAAUCUUUCACCUCACUAGCGCUACUUAGCGCACUGGUUAUGCUCUCGCUUUUUGUGAGCCCCAUUGCUUGCUCCCGCAAGCUCCCCAAGCCUGCAAUGAAGGUCCACAAGAACCACACCGCUGCUACCCCCUCGUCGUUUGCCGCUUAUGGCUCCGGCGGCUGGUCAGCCGGCGGCGCGACGUAUUACGGCGCCCCCGACGGCGACGGAAGCGACGGUGGCGCGUGUGGCUACCAGAGCGCUGUCGGGAACCGGCCCUUCUCGUCGAUGAUCGCCGCCGGGAACCCAUCGCUCUACAGAGGGGGCAAGGGCUGCGGAGCUUGCUACGAGGUUAAAUGCACCGGUAACCAGGCAUGCUCCGGCCAGCCGGCGACCGUCGUCAUCACCGACGAGUGCCCCGGCGGGGCCGCCUGCCUCGGCGAGGCCGCCCACUUCGACAUGAGCGGCACCUCCAUGGGCGCCAUGGCGAAGCCUGGCAUGGCCGACAAACUCCGGGCCAGCGGUAUCGUCAAGAUCCAGUACAAGAGGGUGCCAUGCAAGUACCCUGGCAUGAACAUUGCCUUCAAGGUGGACCAGGGCUCCAACCCCUUCUACCUGGAGGUGCUGAUCGAGUUCGAGGACGACGACGGCGACCUCAACACCGUCGACCUCAUGGAGGCCAACUGCGGCACCUGGACGCCCAUGGUGCAGAACUGGGGCGCGCUGUAUCGCCUCAACUCCAACACCGGCAAGCCGCUGCGCGGGCCCUUCUCGCUCCGGCUCACCUCCGACUCCGGCAGGAAGCUCGUCGUCAACAACGUCAUCCCCGUCAGCUGGAAGGCCGGAGCCACCUACCGCUCCUUGGUUAACUACCCCUAAGUUGGCUAGUAACCAAGAAGUACAGAGUAAUUUAGAACCGUGGGUUAAUUUCUACUGCGGGGAUUAUAAAUAUUUAUACGUAUAUGCGUCCGGGAAUGGCCGGAGGCUUGUGUCAGAAGAGGAAGAGUAGGCCAUGCUAAUAUCGUGCUAGCUCUUCCCUCAAUGGCCUCUCGCGCUCCCCUGGUGAUGCGUGUCGUCGAUUUGUCUGUAUUUUGUUUCUCUUCCUCUGUUUUGUUGUCGAGGAGAAAAGCUUGUGGUGCAGUGCAACUAAUGUUGCACGCCCAUGUACCAAGUUGUGUGAGUGUGUGUUUUUGCAGCGCAAUCCUUGAAAGAAAUGAACUUUUACAUAAUUUUUGUACUGAAA